CACCUCGUAAAUGUACUGUUUAUGAGUUCGCAUGUGACGAUGGAUAUUGCAUUGAUAAUAGACGAGUAUGUGAUCAGUAUAAUGAUUGCACAGAUGGCUCAGAUGAAACUGAAGCUGCUUGUUCCCCUGUUACAACUUCUGUCCGUACAACUCCUGUCCCUACAACUCCUGUCGUUACAACUCCUGUUGUAACAACUUCUGUCGGUACAACUCCUGUCGGUACAACUCGUGUCGUUACAAAUCCUGUCCCUACAACUCGUGUCGUUACAAAUCCUGUCCCUACAACUCGUGUCGUUACAACU